AUGUCGUCAAUCGAAUCACCACCGAGCUAUCCAGGCGAAGUCUUCUUCAAUGAAAAGUGCCCCAAAUCCACCGCCUAUCACUUCACUCUCGAAAGAUGCAGGGAAUGCGUCAAACUCGAAAGCGGACGCUACGCCUCAACCGGCAUCCUCGACGAGCUGAACAUCGCGAUCACCAUUCCCUCCCACCACACCUGGCCCCAAGUUCGCGAGCAAGUGUGGUCUCGCUUCCAAUCAGGAUGGCCGGCAAUUCUGGGCAAGGCAGACCUAGAGGACUUUGCAAUGGGCAUCAACAUGCAGUACCUCGCCCAAGACGGAAGAAUCAGAGGUCGGGUGGAGCUUCUGACAAGUGAUGAGGAUGGGCUCUGGGACCUCUGCAGGCGUGGGGGUAUCAAUGUCGUCAGAUUCCGCGCACACUGUGCUCCGAGGGAGGGUGUGGCUGCUGGGCAGAUCAAGGGGAAAUGUGACAGCUGGUUUGAGGAGGUCACGCGUGAGGAUGUGGAAGAAGACAUUCGUGAGAAGCCGACUAAGAAGGGUAUGGGCAAGGGCAAGGGCAAGAGCAGCGUCAAGCAUCGCUGCAUUUUGCAAUGA